UCCUCCCCUUCGCUUCACAUCCUUUCCCAGCCCUUUCAAUGGCGGAGGUGGUCGAGUUCCGCGUCCCGCUUGGAAACGGCCGGACCCUGCUCGUCUUGGGCCUGGAAGAGGAGGCCUCGGAGCAUGCUUUGUAUUUAGCAUUCUCCACAUUUGGUCCGCUCUAUUCUGUGAAGGUUCACAGAAAUGCUCCGGUCGCUAAGCCUGGUUACUAUGCGCUUAUCAAAUUCUACUCUGUUAGAGAUGCAAGAAGAGCACAGUGUGCUUGCAACCAGAAAGGCCUGUUUCAAACAACACCUUUGAAGGUUUCUAUGUGUACCAGACAGCGAACUUUUCCACAUCAACCUUUAGUGCUGAACAGCUACAAAUGCAGAGAACUUGCCAAUCACUACCUUGGCUUCAAUGGCUGGUCCAGUCGCAUCAUCACUCUCCAGAAUAUAUCUGGUUUCGAAGAGGUUGAGAAUGAAGAAGAAGAAGUAAGAACUUCACCCAGAAGCCAGCAGUCCAAAUACCUGUGUAUUCAAGAACUAACUAUCCCUCAGCAUGGGAUCUGCACCAGAGGGGUUGGUGUGGCUGAGCUUGAGGUGGAUCCUAGACAAGGGUUUCAUAUGGCUACUCACAGCAUCCAGAAGCUUGCUGUACAAAGGGCCCUCUCAGAUGCAUUUCAGAAGAUAUUCUUGGUAGUUCUAGAGAAUGGAAAGGUGGCUGUGGAGUAUAGCUCUUCCCAGGAUGACCCCAUUGAUUAUCUAGCAGAAGAGGAGUUUAAAGGCCUCAUCCAGGUGACUGACUUGUCCCUUUCAGGCCUGAACCAUGAAGGAGAAGAGGAGAUCUUGUCUGAUCUUAGUGUAGAUGAAGAAUAGCAUCUGAGACAUAUACUGACAACAUGUUUCUUUCUAUGUUCUAGAAAAGCAAUAUACUCCAUCCUAAGCAUGUUACAUUACUGGAGAGCUGGUUCUGUUUCAGUGAACUGGUGUGUGCGUUUAAUGGCACCAAUCAAAUGGAAUAACUUAUCUAUUAUGUUUCAUAGAGAUUUGCAGGGCUGGGAGAGGUGUUUAUUUUAUUUUAUUUUUGGAAAUUAUUUUAUUUUUCUAAUAAAUGUGUUAUCUUGGCAACAACAAAA